GUAGGGCCUAAGCUACAAUCGAACCGGCAUUGGGUUGGUUAGCUGUGUGUACGGUGGUGGCUCUGUUCGACUGGUGUGACCGAUACAUCGUACAGUCCGUCAUAUUCCCGGUUUGAAAGCAAGAUUGUGACUAGUUGUUGCGACGCAGGAAGGUGCAGUAAUCAGUGUUACGGGUGUCAAGAAAGUUAGCCGGCCAUGGAAAAACGAAUAGAGCUUGAGAAACGUGGAAGAAAUCCUGCUGAAAUUACAGAAUUUGUACUGGACAAUUGUCGGAGUACAAAUAUUGUAGGCCUCACAGAUGAAUUUGUCGCUUUAAAGUCUUUAAGUUUAAUUAACGUAGGACUCACAAGUUUAAAAGGCUUUCCUGUUUUACCCAAUCUUCGAAAGUUGGAAUUAAGUGACAACCGAAUUUCUGGAGGUUUAAAUCUUCUUCUCACAAGCCCAAAGUUAACUUACCUUAACCUUAGUGGAAACAAAAUUAAAGAUCUUGAAACAUUACAACCAUUAAAAGAAUUUCAAAAUCUACAAAACUUGGAUUUAUUUAACAAUGAAGCUACAAAUAUGGAUAAUUAUAGAGAAAAGGUGUUUAGUCUCAUCCCUAGUUUAAGAUAUCUUGAUGGAUUUGAUAUAGAAGAUUGCGAGGUAGAUGACAGUGAAGCCAAUGAAGAAGGUAGUGAAGAUGACGAGGUAAAUGGUAAUGACGAUGGAGAAGGUGAAGCUAAUGAAGAUGACAGCGAAGAUGAAAGUGAAGAAAUGACAGACGAUGAAGAUAAGGACAUUCGCGAUGAACUUAAUGAGAGUAGUGAUGAUGAUGAUGACGGAAAUGGAGAAGAUGAGGAAGAUGAUCAUGACGACGAUGAUGAAGAUAGUCAUGAUGGACUUUCUGAUCAAGCAGAUGGAAGCGCCCUUGAAGAUGCAUCACCUGUGCGAGGUAAAAAAAGAAAACACGAAGAUGGAGGAGAACCAGGGAACUAGAAUUUAAAUAAAAGAUUUGAUAUUAAAUAAGUGUAAAAUUGAUUAAAUAUUAAGAAUAAUUGCGCCGCCAAGAAAGAACAGCUGGGAAUCAAACAUAUGACCGACCAACGACAGACUUCUAGUUAGUGGUAUUGAGUAGGAGCACUAAUCAUUGACUGAAAGUUGCCUGGAACAAAUUUAAUAAUAAAAUAAACAAGGAAAGACAGUAAUAAUAAUACAAAAGGAAAAAUUGAAAAAGUAAGAUAAAUGGGCCGUAUUCCAGCAAGACCCAACACGUUUAAGUUACAUAACGAUAUUUUAUAUAGAGUAUAUAGCUAGAUAAUUAGAGACAUUGCAUAGUCAAGUGGGAGAUUGGAUAAUGAAUGUUUGUAUUAAAAUAAAGAAGAUAUCGAGAUUUAACCCUCGAAGGAGCGUAUUUGUCUGUUAGCUCCAAUCGACCAAAGUCUGGUCGUGCUGGAAUUCAGCCAUCUUUAAUCCGUAAUAAGGUUACAUAAGUUACAUUUUAAAUACAUUAAUAUUGUACCAUGAAUAAAUAUAAAAUAAAUCAGAAUCAAUUUUUGUACAGGUUUAUGAAAUACAUGGUUGGAGGUGCACUGUGCGACUGUAAUUUUUGGGACAGAAAGUGUAUAAAAAAACGUAAAAUUAAUCAAAUUUACAUGAUAAUAAGUAAUGCAAUCGAUUAAAUGUCCAAUUUUGUAUGUAUGGUGACUGAUCAGUAAUUGAAUUUUUUGUUUGAUUGUAUCGCAAAAUUACGUUGAUUCUUGACACGAAAUUUUCUUUACAACAAAUGCUCAAUCAUUUUUUCGUUUCUUGUUGAAUUGAAAAUACGGUUGACACUCUUAUUUUAUUUAUAGAAUUCUUUCUUAUACAACAAAAUUUACUAUAAAAAUCAAAUUAGAUUCAAGAUAGAAAUAAGAGUUUCAAUGAUAAAAUUGUUACAGACCACUAUGUGCGCCUACCAAAGCGACAUUGAAAUUAUUAUUAUUGCUACUACUUUUAUUAUUAUUAAUUAUUAUAAAUAUUAUUAUUAUUACUAUUUUCAUUGUAACUGUUACUAUAAUUAUAGUUAUUAAUAUUAUUAUUUUUAAAAUAGUUAUAAAAAUAUAAUCACGUCUUUGCCAUUUUAAAAUGAAUAUAAAAAAAUUAUGAUAUUUUAACACAAAAGUAAUAUUUGAUGUUGAUCCUUGUGAAAACAUCUGAAAUUUAAAAUUAAGCGUCAAAAUUUCUGUCCCAAAACAUCUUUAUGUACUGACCUACUGCUAAUGUAUGCGAUGUGAACAUAACUUGUAACCAUUCACAUUAAUAUGGUCAUGAAGAGAAAAUAUAUUUCUAAAACAAAACAAGAAUCAAUUUUGACAAUUGCAUUAGUGGAUUUAUAAAUCAAUCGGCGCAAAAAAAUAUUGUCAGAGAUUAGUCGACUUAUUUAAGAAAGGAAAAAGACUGUGACCAAUUGACGGAACUGACUAAAAUUGACUACCUGACUGUAAGGAUGGAUGAAGCGUGAAAAAAGGUGAGAAUGUAAGAGAAAAUGAAUUUUAUAAAUAAAUGAAAAUUUAACAUAAAAAAACGGUAGAUGCCAGGACCUGGUGCGCCCUUGUUGCCAGAUUGGUUAUUGCCUUAUCCAAAUUUUUCAAGACUUUGAAAGCAUAUUUAUCUUAGGUAACAUAAAAUCGACAUGUACAGGUCCAAAAUUUGUAAAUUCCUAUUAAAUGUAAUUACAGUCCGUGCGCAAACUAAUGCAAUAGAAUAUUAACGUUAAACAAAUGAUUUAUUGUUGCGCACAUUCUGUGAUACAUAGCACCGAUAUUCAUUGUACUUUUUUUAAUUUAUUAUCAAUUGUGUAAUGCUAUUUUGUUUCUCCAGAAUAUUAACAGCUAAUAUCUGUCGGUUCUGGUGUUAAGUAGAUUUUUACCAUGAAAUUUGUUUUUCGAGCAAUCCUUAUCAAAAAAGAAAAAAAUUCAAAAUAAUUUAUUAAUAAAACCACUUAUAAAUCUA